CUGGAAGACAUUCGCUCCUCGUGCGAGCGAGCUGCGAGUGUUCGAGCAGCAGCGAUCGAAACUGACGCAGAUAUCGAGUCGCACGGAGAGCUCGCCCGCUUCAAGAAGGAGCUCACUGCCGCUAAGAGGAUCUCCAGGACAAGCGGGGGCAAGUUUGUCAAGGUGAAUAGGAUUUCUACGACAAGGUUGGACCCAUUACCAGACAGCGGCGAGCAUGGCGCCUAUCAUCGUCCUACCUGCGGGAACAAAUGUCAAGUAUCUCAGAUCUCGCCCCGCUCGCGGAGCCGCCUGCUGGACGACGCACAGUCUCUCGCGGUACCCUUGCCUCUGUUUCAACUAGAUGCCAGGCUCCGAUCUUCGGACGUUGACGUGGACGACAGACCUGCCCCCCUCCUCCUCCGGUGUCGAGAGAGAACUCUAAUCUAUUUCCACGUCCCCUGUCGAGAUACGCUCUCGUCACCAGGCCACCGCUCCCUGGCCCCUGCGGACGUCAAGAGUCUCCAGCAGGCACUGGACGGGAGGGAGAAGAUUGAUAUCGAGCUGCGGUGCCCUGAACACUGGUGA